AUGAGGGAUAGCGCAGGAUACAUCGAUACGGCCACAUUCAAAAUGAUCAACCCAGAUGACGAACAAUCAGACAAUAUCUUCGAUCAUCUUGGCUCGCAACACUGCCUGCUCAAGACGAUACGCCGUUUGAUCACCAACAAUAAUAUCCUCUUGCCAUCGAGUAAUAUCCAAUUAGAGGAGUCCAACCAAAGUCUGCUCUUUGGUCACGUCGAAGAGUUGGUAAUUCAUGAAUCAUUGUAUGACUUCCAGUCCUUCCUCAAAAGCAAUAAUGGGAGAUUGACAUCCAUUCAUUUCAAUAACUUUGUUGUUGAGGAUGCCAAGAGCUUCUGGUCCAACGAAAUCAAGCCGAACCUACAACUCGCUCAACGUCUUCAAACAUUGUUGUUCGAUUUCAACAUGUAUGAUUCUGAUGACCAUGGGCAGCUACCGGUAUACCUUGAAGCAGUUCAGCUGCCAAAUGUUAGACGCAUCCGGAUAAGAGGUGAUGCCAGCGACUUCACUUUUGCUGAAAGCCUUCUCAAACAACUUCACAGUCUUACAUUGGGAUGCAAGAGAUCGUUCACUGCCCAUCACAUCCAAGAUCCAGAGGCUUUCUUUGGUGCACUAAAAAUGAAUGAUCAGUUGACAACACUCAAACUGCGUCUCAGCAACAUGAGUGGAUACAAUGAUUACAAGCCAGCAUUCCUCGACUUUCUAAGAUACAAUCAAUCAUUGACAUCUUUAUCGGUUGGAUUCAUCCGUGAUCGAUCAAUCGUUGAACUGAUCUCGUCCAAUCGUAACUUACAACAACUCAAGAUACAAACGAAUGAGACUGACAUUGACUUUGGCUAUAUCAGGCGACUGACAAUCUCAUCCAGACGAGACAGCAACAUCUAUCACAUGUUGUGCACGAUGGUUGGCCAGACCACAUGUGCGUUGACCUCACUGCAUCUCAAGUUCUACCAAUUCUACCACUCAUCAUGCUAUACCAUCAUCAAGGCACUACCUACUCUCAUCUCGGGAAUGACCUCUCUUUGCCACCUGACCAUUGAGAUCUGCGGACAUGUUCCGCCAACCUUGUGGAUCAAUGCAAUGUGUGCCUGGGGAGGCUACAGCGGCAAUCUGGAAACUCUCACACUCAAGAGUAAUGCGCAACAAUUUGGCGGAGGACUGUUCCGUCAGACACUACUUGUGCUCGAGAGUGGACUCAAUUCCCUUACUGUCUUUGAUAACGAUGAACAGAUCACCAUGAUCAAAGGGAAACAUCAACGACUGGUACCUGAGGCAGAGUCCAGACAUCCCAUCGUGAUCAUAAAGUUUCAUAUUCUCAAUCCUUUACUCUACGAGGAUGAUUAUAAAUUCGAAGAUCAGGAUGUCAAGAUGUUCUUGCUCAUGUGGUCAUGA